UGUGCACAUAAACUGCUCCUGACCACCAAUCAAACCGGUUCAUAUACUGCUCUUCACCAGUCUCUUGUUGCCAGGUUGUCAUGCAAGACCAUUGUUCGGAUGGAUUUCCCGGUUUUGACCCCGCCUAUUUCUGACCAUCCCAUCUUGUCUCUUCCCCGGAUAUCACCUCAGCCUUCUGUCCCCGAUCACGAGGUUGGUUUCUCCAUACCUGGUUUCCGUCUGCCUCUCUCCCGGGCUGUUGUAAAGACUCUGCCUGCUCUGUUUGUUCCACGAGCUGAAAAUAAAGGUCAUUAUCAAUUGACUACUUGCCUAAGUGUGCUGCAUUUGGGUCCUAAACUGACCUGUUACAGAGGGAGAUGUUUGCUGAUAUUUAGGACGUUUUGACGUGCAACGACUUCAUCUCAGUUUUCUGGUCUCUGGUUGGAGAAUCAAGGAUCAGAGACCUCCAUCAUGGCCACUGCUGACCAGCUGCUGGACCAGAUAUUCUCCUGGUACGAGCAGAUGGAGCGCCGUGUAGAGAAGCUGACGAGUUUGUUAGAUUGUUUUUCCAGUGACACCAUGAAAGAGACGCAGGACAUAAAAGAGGAGUGCCACAAAAUAGAAAAAGAAAUCCAGAAACUGUUUGAGCAACUGAAGACGGAGAGUUCCUCCACAGACCCGGAUAAAGUGGACCAGCACGCUAUAGCUGAGGUUCUGAGAGCCAUGGCCAGGCGAAGGAAAGUGGAGGAGCAAAUCAUCAUCCACAUGCUCAACCGUGUCCCCCCGUCUAAAACUGGACUCCUUAAAAGAGGAGACAAGGUUGUGGGAGGAGCUGUUGGACUGGCAUGUGAACUUCCUGAGGCGAACGACUAUUGGACAGACCUGAUCGAGAGGAAUCAUGUGACUGAAGCAAUUCUAGAGACCUCCCGGACGCUGAGGAUAAGGUUUGACCACAUCAGGAAGAUAAUUGAAUCUCAAACAGAUCAAAGACACGAGGAUGAACAAGAAGGUGGAACAGGAAAUGAUCAGCAGGGAGGGGGUGAUCAGGGAGAUAAGGAGACCGAUAGUGACUAUAAAGACCAAAGAUCUUCUGGAACAAUUAAAGUUGGGUUACUUAAUGUUUGUUCAAUGAAUAAGAAACAAUCCAGGAUCUUAGAGCUCAUAACGCAAAACAACCUGGACGUCUUCCUCACAACAGAAACAUGGUUACAAGACAAUAAUGCAGACAAAGUCCUCAGUGAGGCUUCGCCACCAAAUUACCUUUACUUUUAUCAGGUGAGGGUUAAUAUGAUACGUGGAGGGGUAGCGAUUCAGUUCUCACAGGAGCUGCACGGUGAAAGGAUUCCUUUUGAGUCCUUAACAGCCUUUGAAUGUGUUGUCACAGUUCUGCAUCAUGAUGAGUGGAAACAACUGGUUCCAUUCAUCAAUGUUUAUUUGCGACCGGGGUACGACAAGCCCAAAUUUAAAACCUUCCUGGAUGAGUUUCAAGAUCUCUUGGCACAUUUCAACAACUACAACAGCAUCGUUGUAACUGGAGAUUUCAAUAUCUGGGUCGAUCAGGAAAAGAGGUCCUAUACCGAUGAGUUUGAUCAUAUUUUGCCGAUCUACAACCUCGAGCAGCACGUACAGGAGCCAACACACAAUCAAGGUCACACUCUGGAUCUGGUCAUCACCAAAAACGUUGAAAUCUCUGAUCUCAUUGUCAGGAACGACGGAAUAUCAGAUCAUUACACCGUAUAUUUCAAUGCAAGGCCAGAGGGAGGAAACUAAGAAAGAAAAGGAUCAAGAUGAACAGGCAAAACAAUUCAAAAAGGGGGAAGAACAGAAUUACAUUAACUGCAGUUUGUUUAAAAAAUUUAAAUUAAACUUGACUCCGUCAUCAAGAAGCACAACGCUGGUGAUUUUAUUUUCAAAGAUUUAUUGAAAUAAGUCGGGGAAAAGAGAAAGUAAGUCUGAAGUAGGUGAGGGUGUCACAGUCUGUCUUCCUCAUCACCUGUUCACCUCCCAACUGCCAUCUCAGUUCCUUUCUACUCUGCCAGUCAGCCACGCCUCCUCAUCAGCCAAUCUGCUCACCUGUACACACAAGCUCAACUGACUACCUGCCUAAGUGUGCUGCAAUUGGGUCCUAAACCGACCGGUUACAGACAGAGGUGUUUGCUGAUGGUUAAUGGACCAAACUUGUAUCGUGCCUUUCUCCUCUUCAUCGUCACACACCGAUGCACAGCAAGUUAGGGUUCAGUAUCUUGCUCAAGGAUACUUCGACGUGCAGCGCUCUGCCUCUGAGCCACAGCCACCUGCUACAUUAACGGAUAAUGGAGUCCAAGCUCUGUCUGCAUCAACUAUCAGUACUUUUUGUCACGUGCGCAGACUUCACCAGUGUGUUUGUUAAACUGACAACCCUCUGAAGCUUCAUUCAGACAUGAGUGUUUGAGAAUAUCUGACAAUAGUGUGUAAUGAUAGUAAAUGAACUGUAUUGAACAUGGUAAUGGUAAUAUAAUCCACAGAGUUAUACAGUAAUUAAUAGAAUCACAAAUUCAAUCAGCUGCUCCACUCCUUUAUUUCCUUUAUCACAGCUCUUUAGACAAACUAACAAUAAUAAUAUAAAGUCAUAUAAUGUAUAAUGUACUGCAUUAUAAGGUCAUUGUCAUGGGGAUGCCCCGUGUCUUGUAACUUAAAUGAGACACAAUAUAGAGUGCUUGUCCAGCUCAGCCACUAACAUAGAAUCUAGCCGGCCGGUGUCUGGGGUUCAGUAAUUAGUACAGAUGUUGGGUUGAAAUAUGGUAAAGGGAAAUUGUAUUAUGUUUGAGUUACGUUAGAUCUGGAAGGAAGCCUAAGAAAAUAUUUGGGUUUUAAUGUUUUCCAUUUGAUUAUUUAGUGUGUUUCUCACCUCUACUCUAGAUUGCACUCU